UUCCCUACUCUCUCAUCCAUCCUCAACCGCACACCUGAUUCCUUGCAUCGAUUGAUUAGCAAUUAAUUGACUUGGAAUAACUGAAAAUAUAUAUUGUACCUAAAUCAUAAAAAAAGACUAGCUCUAAAUUCUAAUAAUGAGUCAUAUUGCAGAAAAAGUAGUAUUACUGACAGGCGCUUCUAAAGGUAUUGGUCUUGCGACUGCUCAAGCACUUCGUGCUAAAUCUAAGGUGGUUGCCGUUAGCAGAAGCUUGACGAAGGAACUAGAGACUUUACUUUUGCAACAUCCAGAUUCAUUCGUGCAUGUGCAGGGUGAUGUUUCAGAAACGGCCAAGUCAAGCGUAGAUACCGCUAUUAAAAAGUUUGGCCGACUUGAUGCCAUUAUCUUAAACGCAGGUCUUGUUGAACCAAUUUCGAAAAUUGAAGACGCGGAUGUGAAUCAAUGGAAAAAGUUGUUUGAUGUCAAUUUCUUUAGCGUAGUCGAAACUAUCAAGCAAGCAAUCCCUCAUUUACGCAAAGCAAAAGGUUCGAUAGUCGUCGUAUCGUCUGGGGCCGCUGUUCGAGCUUACCCAGCUUGGACUGCCUAUAGCACCUCGAAAGCAGCUGUUAACAUGCUUGUUAUGAGCCUUGGAAGCGAGGAAAAGGACAUUAUGAGCGUUGCUGUACGACCUGGUGUAGUUGACACUCCUAUGCAAGAUAUUAUUCGCAAUGAGCAAAACAAGCCUGCCAUGGGAGAUAUGCAUAACUAUUUCAAAGAACUCAAGUCUUCUGGUAAGCUUGUGUCUCCUCACGAUGUUGCCAAAGCUCUUACUUACUUGGCGUUAAACCCAAGUGAAAAGGUUACUGGUCAAUUUGUUGAAUGGAAGUCCUUUGUCGAGUAAAGUUCAUCCCAACCUUUGUUUAUGAUUAAUUAGAGAGAAUGACUAUGAAUUUUUGUUUUAUAUUUAUCUAAGACAUACUUCGGAUUAAGAAUGUUUUGCUUUUUUCUAUUAUUCAUUCAUAGUGGUUUAUAAGAACGGUAAUAUCUUCAAAAGCAGUCUACACAUUUUCUUUAAAUUACUCAAAAUUUUCUUUGCAAAUGAACUAAAAUCGUUAAAACGGAAGACGAGCUUUGCUGAGCGUGAUGAAUCCAUUUAAAGUCAGUUUCUGCUACUCAUUCUUACAAUUUAAAACUUUUUUCUCGCUUAAAAUUACAAAUUCUAAAAUCUGGAGUAUAGGCUUAAUUUCCUUCCAUUAUGAAAUAAGACUCUUGUCUAUUACACGAAAUUUUUUCUAAAUCGCAUAUGACGACGACCUGGGAGUAGUAAACGUUUACAUAA